AGACUCAAUAUAUAUAUGAAGAAGUUGUUCAAGUUUGAUUGUACCUUGCAUUGUUUCUACCAUAUAUUAUCCAGACACAAUAGCUCUGUUCAGUUGAUGCAAGUCUUUAGUUUUGCCUUCUUCUAGAGGGAUAUAUAUUUCUUUACACCAUGGCCUUUUCUGUACCGUUCCUUAUCUUUUGUAUCCUACUUUUGUUGUCACAUCUCACCAUUGCUCAAACUAACAAAAACAUAAGUUUGGGCUCAUCACUCACUGCCACUGACGAUAACUCUUUGUGGCCAUCCCCUUCCGGUGACUUUGCCUUCGGCUUCCAACGAAUUGGAACCGGAGGUUUCUUACUAGCUAUCUGGUUCAACAAAGUGCCUGAGAAAACCAUAAUUUGGUCAGCCAAUCGCAACAAUUUAGCUCAAGAAGGAUCCAAAAUUCAACUUACAACGGAUGGCAGGUUCGUUCUCAGUGACCCUAAAGGCCAAGAGUCAUGGUCUGCUAAUUUAGGCAAGACCAGAGCUUCCUAUGGAGCAAUUCUUGACAAUGGGAACUUUGUGCUGUCAAGCAGCGACUCUGUCACUGUGUGGCAGAGUUUUGAUGAGCCAACAGACACAAUACUACCGACACAGAGAUUGAAUCUAGGCGGCAGACUCAUUGCUAGCUUCUCCAAAACAGACUACUCAAAUGGGAGAUUCGGAUUCAUGCUACAAACCGAUGGAGAUCUCAUGCUUUACACCACCAAUUUCCCUCUGGAUUCAAAAAAUUCUGCAUAUUGGUCAACCAGAACUAGAGGCAGUGGCUUUCAGGUGGUCUUCAGCCAAUCUGGCUACAUCUACCUCACAUCAAGGGAUGGAAAAAUACUUCAAUUCGUAUCUUCAAUCGCAUCUUCAACCGAUCAAUUUUAUCAGCGCGCAGUUCUUGAAUUCGAUGGAGUUUUCAGGCAUUAUGUCUACCCAAAGUCUGCAGGCUCAAAUGGUGAGAGGCCUAUGGAAUGGUCCAUUUUGUCCUUCAUACCUUCAGAUAUAUGCACAAGUAUUGUGCAAGAUACAGGUAGUGGGGCUUGUGGAUUCAACAGUUAUUGCAUACUAGGAAUUAAUGAUCAGAGGCCAAAAUGUGAGUGCCCAUCUGGUUACAAUUUCAUUGAUACUGAUGAUCCUUUGAGUUCAUGCCAGCCAAACUUUGCUCCACAAAGUUGCGAUAAAGGAUCCCAGGAAACAAAUCUUUUUGGCUUCAUGGACAUGCCCAACACGGACUGGCCACUGUCUGAUUAUGAGUACUACAAACCGGUGACUGAAGAUUUUUGCAGAAAUGCUUGCUUGGGUGACUGUUUUUGUGCUGUUGCCAUUUUUAGAGAUGGUAAUUGUUGGAAGAAGAAGAACCCUCUCUCAAAUGGGAGGAUUGAUCCCAGUGUUGGUGGUAAAGCUUUGAUAAAAGUUAGAAAAGACAAUUCCACCACAUAAAUCUGCAGGAGCAAGGAUGAAAGAUCAGUCCAAUAUGAUCAUCUCUCAGUUGGUGCUUAAGGUAUUAUGUACUUUAUUUAUAGAAAGGCAUAAUAAUAGUCUAAAUUUCCCAAUGUAUGUCUCAGCAACUAUGUUUUGUGUGUGUUUAAUAAUGUCUUAUGUUUUGUGUGUGUUUAAUAAUAUGUUUCUGAGCUAGUUUCGUA